GUCUUGGCUCUGCCGGGGUGGGGCCUGGCUGGAAGGCGGCCAAAUUGGGCAUCUUUGAGAGAGCCUGGAGCAGAGCUUGGGGAGCAGAGAGAAGCUGGAUAACAGGGGACGGAGGAUGUGGCGCCCGUCACUCCUGCUGCUGCUGCUUCUGCUGCUGCGGCGCGGGGCGCAGGGAAAGCCAUCCCCGGACGCCGGUCCUCACGGCCAGGCCAGGGUACACCAGGCGGCCCCCCUGAGUGACGCCCCGCAUGACGACGCCCACGGAAACUUCCAGUACGACCACGAGGCCUUCCUAGGACGGGAAGUGGCCAAAGAAUUCGACCAGCUCACCCCAGAGGAAAGCCAGGCCCGCCUUGGGCGCAUCGUGGACCGCAUGGACCGUGCUGGCGACGGGGAUGGCUGGGUGUCGCUGGCCGAGCUUCGUGCGUGGAUCGCGCACACGCAGCAGCGGCACAUACGGGACUCGGUGAGCGCGGCCUGGGACACGUACGACACGGACCGCGACGGGCGCGUGGGUUGGGAGGAGCUCCGCAACGCCACCUAUGGUCACUACGCGCCCGGGGAAGAAUUCCACGAUGUGGAGGAUCCCGAGACCUAUAAGAAGAUGCUAGCCAGGGAUGAGCGCCGUUUCCGGGUAGCCGACCAGGAUGGGGACUCGAUGGCCACUCGGGAGGAACUGACAGCCUUCCUGCACCCUGAGGAGUUUCCGCACAUGCGUGACAUCGUGGUAGCCGAAACCCUGGAGGACCUGGACAAGGACAAGGAUGGCUAUGUGCAGGUGGAGGAGUACAUUGCGGACCUGUACUCUGCGGAGCCAGGGGCGGAGGAGCCGGCCUGGGUGCAGACAGAGCGGCAGCAGUUCCGGGACUUCCGCGACCUCAACAAGGAUGGGCGGCUGGACGGCAGCGAGGUCGGCUACUGGGUGCUGCCACCGUCACAGGACCAGCCGCUGCUGGAGGCGAACCACCUGCUGCAUGAGAGCGACCAGGACCAGGAUGGGCGCCUGAGCAAGGCUGAGAUCCUGGGGAACUGGAACAUGUUCGUGGGCAGCCAGGCCACCAACUACGGCGAGGACCUGACCCGACACCACGACGAGCUCUGAGCCCCGGGGUGAUGAGCGCGCAGCUCCCGGCCUGGCUCUCGGGGACCCUCAGGCUCAGCCUUCUCUGGACACCCAGCCCUGCCCUCCCUAGCCGGGCCCCUCAGAGUCCCCAGUGCGGGUGACACCAUUCCCACCAGCAGGGUCUCCCACCCAGACUGGGACUGUCACCCCAACUCAGCCCCCAGGAGCCCCACUGACCGCACCCCACGUCUGAGCCACUGCCCCACAGACCCAGAAACUCCCCCGCCCUGGUUCUCGCACCAUCCCCAGGAAGCCUCCUCUCUGCGGGGCAACAGUAAAAUCCAGUGAUGGGGC